CUGUUUUCAUGAUUAGCCAUAGUAAUCUUAAACUUGAAUGUUUAACACCUUGAUGGGAAAGGUGUCUCAUGGAAUGUUUUCUCAUCCUUUGAACACUCUUUAUUUCAGAAGCUUUGCUUCUGCUGCAACCAAACAUGUCACUUAGCGUUCUGAGUAGGAAAGAGAAAGAAAGAGUAAUUCGCAGACUGUUGAUACAGGCUCCUCCAGGGGAAUUUGUAAAUGCCUUUGAUGAUCUCUGUCUGCUUAUCCGUGAUGAAAAACUUAUGCACCAUCAAGGUGAGUGUGCAGGCCACCAACACUGCCAGAAAUAUUGUGUACCACUCUCUAUCGAUGGAAAUCCAGUACUCUUGUCUCACCACAACGUAAUGGGUGACUACCGAUUUUUUGACUAUCAAAGCAAACUUUCUUUCAAAUUCGACCUGCUUCAAAACCAGUUAAAAGACAUCCAAAGUCACGGUAUCAUUCGGAAUGAGACAGAAUACCUGAGAAAUGUUGUUCUGUGUGCCUUAAAACUGUACGUGAGUGAUCACUACCCAAAAGGAAAUUGCAACGUGCUGAGAAAAACCGUGAAAAAUAAGGAGUUCUUGAUAGCGUGCAUUGAGGACCACAGCUAUGAAACAAGAGACUGCUGGAAUGGCCUUUGGAAAUCUAAAUGGAUUUUCCAAAUCAAUCCAUUUCUAACCCAAGUAACAGGAAGAAUUUUUGUGCAAGCUCACUUCUUCAAGGCUGUCAACCUUCAUAUUGAAAUCUCCAAGGACCUGAAAGAAAGCUUGGAAAUAGUCAACCAAGCUCAACUGGCUUUAAGUUUUGCGAGGCUUGUGGAAGAGCAAGAGAAUAUAUUUCAAGUUGCAGUCUUAGAAGAAUUACAGGAGUUAUCGAACGAAGCCCUGAGAAAAAUUCUACGAAGAGAUCUUCCAGUGACCCGCACUCUUAUUGACUGGCAAAGGAUACUCUCUGACUUGAAUUUGGUGAUGUAUCCUAAAUUAGGUUAUGUCAUUUAUUCAAGAAGUGUGUUAUGCAACUGGAUAAUCUAAAGGAUUGCUCCUGGGGGAGUUUGGACCCAUACACAACCACACAGGGACAACACCAUGCAAAGGUAAAGGGAGAGAUGAUGCUUCUACAGACCAAGGAAUACCAAAGAUUUUCAGCCAACCACCAGAAGCUAGGGGAGAUUCUGGAAGAGAUUCUCCCUCAGAGCCUUUAGAAUAUACCAACUGUACCAACAACUUGAUCUCAGACUUCUGGCCUCCAGACUGUGCAACCAUAAAUUCCUAUUGUUUAGACCAUUUGGUUCAUGACAGCCUGGAAAACUAAUAUAACCCCUGUUAUAAUAAAACCCGUUUCCAUUUGA